AUGCCACCUUCUAAUAUAUUUGACAACGGGCAGCAUUUUUACGUCGAUAAAUUGGCCUUGCUCAUGAGGAGAAAAGACAAUGAGCAGAAGAAGAUGAUCUCAUAUUCUGUCGUGGCAAGAGCCAUUAGUCAUGCAUGCGAAGUCGGUCAUUUUCAUGAACGACAGACGAUUGCCAAACUAACGACAGAUAAAGACGACGUAGUAGUCGAGCCGCAACGAUCCAUGAAGCUGCAUUGCCCUACCGGAGCUCUUUCGGCGAUCGUUGUAGUGACGUCGAACUUUAUCAAACCGGAAAUAUGGGCUUGGUUGCGGAGGAGGCGUGACUCGAACCAGUAUGUCGACGAGCGUUCUGGUGCUGCUCACUACUGGCCUAUGCCAUCAGUCCCACUUACCACAUUAAAUCUGACAUUCAGUGCAAUAUCAUAA